AUGAAUUCAAUGCCAGUCACGGCCCUGAAUCGAACUAGCGAGGAUCCUAUGCUGCUGGCAUUCUUUGAGACAGUAAUUUGCAGCAGCUCAACCCUGGUCGACAAUGUACAAUCAAAUCCAUAUCGAUACUUGAUGUUGCCCAUGGCUCUCAGCUCUGAAGGCAUCUAUCAUGCGGCAUUGGCGAUUUCCGCAAAUACCCUGCGUCUUUCCCAAGUGCGGUAUCGCGUCCCUGCUCUGGAACACCAUCACCGUGCGUUACUCCACCUCAAAUAUCUUCUAGGCCAGGAUAAUUGGACAGAUCGGGAGAUGGAUGAGAUAUUGGGGCUGGUUAUGAUGCUCUGUUGGUUUGAGAUCUCAGAUCAUAGUUGUCCAUCGUGGGUGACUCACCUGAACGGGUUCCAAAAUGUCACGUCGGCACGAAAGCAACGACGUUGGAAAACACCAUCGCAGCACAGUCAGGAGCUUCUUAAUUUCUUCGACCGCUACUUCGUUUUCCACCUCGUUCUUGCCCGAACGGCCUUUCGAUGGGAUGGUCCACAAAAACAUCCAUGUCUUUCUGCCUUGCCUCCAAGUCCAUCAUCGGAUAUUAUCGACCCUUAUAUGGGAUUUAGCCACGCGCUACUUCUCCUAAUAAAUAAAGUAACUGACUUGGCAUGGCAAGAACAUGCGCUGGACAUCCAAAGUGCGUAUGGACUGAAGCACUCGUUGGAGGUGCUCCGUCAGAUGCCACCUCAUGUGGAUAUCAAUUUGCAUUCGGGGAAAGAAUGUAUGGUCAUUGCUGAAGCAAACCGCUUGGGUGCAUUACUGCUCCUGCACGAGAUAUGCUCUUCUUCUACGUCAACCUCUUCGUGUCCAUCGUUUACCUCCGAGGAAAAGCUCCGCUAUGUUCGUCAGAUUCUCAAUCUCAUACAGACGCACAAGUCCAACAUGAUGCGCACUGCCGUGCUUCCUUUAUGGCCUCUCUUCCUAGCAGGUUGCUGUGCCUGGGACGACGAGGACAGAGUUGUUGUUCUGCAGAUCUUCCAGGAGUGGGAGGCCAUUCGUCGUUUUGGUAACAUCACACCGGCAAGAGAAGUGAUAGAGAUGGUUUGGCGACGCCGUGACCUUAGCCUAAUUGAAAAUGCUAAUGACGCCAUGUCAGGGGGGACAGCCCGCUUUGAAUGGGAACAUGCGAUGACGAUGCUUGGGGGGUGGAAGCUAGCGCUAACAUAA